AGCGCGCUGCUCCUGAUGCUGCAAGAGCUGCGCUCCAAGCGCCUCUUCCCGCUCGGCAAAGCCACCUUGGGACGCGCGCGCAAGGCGAGAAGCGGAGAGCGGCCCUCCUCCGCCUCUUCCCGCCCACGAGGGUGGAGGCAGCAGCGCCGUGACCGCUUUCCGCGGCUGCAACAGCCUCCGCGGGGUGAUUGGUCACCCUGGAAACCAGCAACAGCUGCGGCUCCGUCCUGCAGCAGCAAAAGAAGGAAGAGGAAAGAAAACAUGUCGGACACAAUGAAGGAAAAAGCGGCCCGCUUGUUAAAGAAAAGAGGCAGCAUAUCCUCUUUAGGAAGCCAUGAAGUCAGGGCGAAAGAAUUUUUUGGAAGAAACAAAGACUCCAUAAGUACUGUGUCUUACAUGGAUGAAGCUGGCCACCAUGAUGAUAUUCUUCGCCCUGGGGUUCAGAUGGAAAACACGUACCAGUUGGGUCCUGCAAAGUGCUUUCCAGUGGGCACUGUGAAUAAUAUCUUGAAGGAUGUAGUAACAAGUUAUCUUCAAGAGGAAAAAUAUGAAGCCGAGUUGUGCAGACAAAUGACAAAGACCAUCUCUGAGGUAAUUAAGGCUCGAAUAAAAGACCUGAUGAUACCAAGGUAUAAAAUUAUUGUGAUUAUACAUAUUGGACAACUAGACAAGCAGAGCAUGCAGAUUGGAAGCAGGUGCCUCUGGGAUACUACAAGUGAUACUUUUUGCUCAUACGCCUUCAAAAAUAGAUCUCUGUUUGCUCUCGCAAAUGUUUUUGCAGUUUACUCUGAGUAGCAAUAAAAGUUCAAUAUGAAGUCUA